AUGACUAAAGCUGAGUUAGUCUUCAUUCCUUUUCCAGGUAUAGGCCAUCUGGUAUCAACAGUAGACGUAGCUAAGCUUCUUGUAGACCGUGAUGAGAGGCUUUCAAUCACCUUCCUCAUCAUGAAGGCAGGUGUUGAUUCCAAAGUCGAUCGCUUCAUUGAUUCAGUAAGUGCAGCUUGCAAAUGUAUACGGUUCAUUGACUUGCCUAAAGAUGAGCAUGAUCCAAACCAGCCCAUUCUUCUUUCAUUUAUUGAAUCCCAGAAACCCCAUGUAAAAGAAGAAGUGUCUAAGCUUGUGAGUCACUCCGAAUUAAGCCAUGACUCGCCUAGACUUGCUGGGAUUGUUGUUGAUAUGUUUUGUACAUCAAUGAUAGAUGUGGCCAAAGAAUUUGGUGUUCCCUCUUAUCUUUUCUUUACAUCAGGUGCAGCUUUUCUAGGACUUGAGUUUUAUAUUCAGGCUCUUCAUGAUGAGCAGAAAGUUGACCCUACUGAGUUCAAGGACUCUGAUGCUGAGUUGGUCAUGCCGUGGUUGACGAAUCCACUUCCUGCUAAGCUCUUGCCUUCUUUUCUACUUCACAAAGAGUGGAUGCCUGUUUUCCUUGGUCAAACCAGAAGGUUCAGGGAAACUAAGGGUAUUAUUGUAAAUACAUUUGAAGAGUUGGAAUCCCAUGCAGUAAGUUCCUUUUUCAAAGGUAAUACUCCUCCUGUGUAUCCUGUGGGUCCCAUCUUGAAUCUUAAUAGAGAUGGAGAUCACAAUCCAAGGUCAGAUAGAAGCAACAAAUACAAAGACAUCAUACAAUGGCUCGAUGAUCAACCUCAAUCCUCGGUAGUGUAUCUAUGUUUUGGGAGCGCGGGAAGUUUCGAUAUGGACCAGGUAAAAGAAAUUGCAUGUGCGCUAGAGCAAAGUGGCCAUCGAUUCUUAUGGUCUCUACGUCAACCACCACCGCGAGAUAAGAUGGAACCUCCAACUGAUUAUGUGAAUUUUCAAGAAGUCUUACCUGAAGGAUUUUUGGAUCGAACGAUCGAGAUUGGAAAAGUAAUUGGAUGGGCUCCACAAGUAGAUGUCUUGGCGCAUCCAUCGGUGGGAGGGUUUGUAUCGCAUUGUGGAUGGAACUCUAUAUUGGAAAGCAUAUGGUUUGGUGUUCCAGUGGCCGCAUGGCCAUUACAUGGAGAUGAACAAUUUAAUGCUUUCCAAAUAAUUAUUGAGUUAGAAUUAGGAGUUGAAAUUAAAAUGGAUUAUAGAAAAGAACUUUUUUUUUAG